GUAAAAGAAGAUCUUCUGGACAGACGUCAUUAGCAAACUUGACAAUGGGAAAAUACUAAACCGAAAAAUAUAGCAAAGAAAUGCUGUUUAAACAUGGAUUCUGAUAAUCAAUCUCAAGAAGCUAAGCUUUCGGUCGGUCUAGAAGAAUUUAACUUUGAUAUCGUUCCAGUGAUUUACGAAAUCUUUUGCAGCAUUGAGAAAGACCAUCACGACAACAGUGCCAAGACCAGAGAGUCACAAGAUUGCAGUCAGAAGGUGUUGGAAUUGCAGAAGCGACUGGACCAGGCGAGAGCAGAGGUUAAUUUGCUUCCCGGUAUUCAAUUCAGCAAGGAGGAACAGCUUAACCACUUGGAGGCUCUCAAGACGCAAUUGCGUCUUAAGCAGGAUCUCCUGCAAAGGCACCGUUUUGUUUCCCCGUUCCACAAGCCUUAGUCUUCUAAGCACGUAAAAGCUCAGCAUAUCCACAGCAUGGUAUUUCGCUUUAUAAUAAGACUGUUGGCUAACAAUGAACAUCUAGUGCAGAAACUGAGUGAGUCCUAUCCUAUGAGGAAGGCAGCACAAAUAGUAGUGAGGGCUAUGUUUACUGGGAGAAACUUUAUAGAAGAGAACAGAUUGCAUGAGAAAUUAACACCAGAUCAGUUCAGGGCUUUAAUGAGAGAUAUAUCCAACAAUUUUCAGAAGCAAGUGAAGCAGGCCCAGGAGAACAUUCAACGGAAAAUGAAACAGUAGCUUAUCGGAGUUAAGUAAAUUUUCCCUUGUGCCUAAAAAUCUUAGUUCAAAUAAACAUGGCAUCAUCA